AUGGACUUGACCGAAAAAUCUCUUGAAGACUUAUAUCAAUCUUUGAAAGGGAUUACAAAUGACCCCACUAUUAAAUUAUUUGAAGAUAAAUUAACGAAGGUAGAUUUAUCUGAUGAUUCUAAAACAAAGAAACAGAUUAAUAAUGAACUUAAGCAAGAAUACUUGACUCCCACUAAUAUUCUACCAUGGUCUAUAUUGGAUGUUGUUCAACAAGUUCCUGAGAUGAACUCAGAAGAUUAUGAUUAUAAAGAAUUUUUAACUAUUCCACAACCGGUAGUACGCACUGCUUACUAUUUCAAAAGAAAAGGUAUUGAAGGUAAGAUUAACAGUUUUAAAGAGGAAGUAACACUAAGAGAAAUCAUCAAUGCCAAUGCUUCUAAUUCUUUAUCCCUGACCAGAAGUAUCAAUAAUCAUGGAAACACCAUAAGAGGUAGCACCCAACAAUUACCUUUUACGCCAGGUGGAUUAUCUAUACAAUCAAGUAAUUUAAACAACUCUACGAAAUUAUUACAUAAGGACCAAGAUGGAUUAUUCGAUAUCCCUGAUGGAUUGUCGAGAGGGAUUAUACCUCAUGUUAAUGACUCUUUGUUACAAAAUGAAUCUCAAUUUGUAGAAUCAUCAUUAAAUGAUGACGAAUUCCAGCAGUUGAAUCAAGUAGACAAUUCUAAAGAGAUUGAAGAAGAAAUUAUUAGCAGAAGAUUGCAAGCAGAAGAAUUAACAAACUCAGAAUUAUCUAAUGCCAUCUCUAAAUUAUCUUCUAAUAAUAUCAGCCAAGAAGAAAAGGAGUUACCAACCUUGGAGAGUCAAGAUAAAACUUUUGAAGAUAUUGAUAAUUUGCUACCAGCAGAUAUAGAUUUUGGUAGAACUAUUAAUACCAAUAAAAAUAUAAUGAAAAGAAAAGAAUGGGCACAUGUUGUUGAUUUGAAUCAUAAGAUCACUAAUUUUGAAGAGUUGGUUCCUAAUCCAGCCCGGACAUGGCCUUUUGAAUUGGAUACAUUCCAGAAAGAAGCCAUUUACCAUCUAGAACAAGGCGAUUCUGUCUUUGUUGCUGCACAUACCUCUGCAGGAAAAACAGUUGUAGCUGAAUAUGCUAUAUCUAUGGCAAAAAGAAAUAUGACUAAAACAAUAUAUACAUCUCCCAUAAAAGCUUUAUCAAAUCAAAAAUUUAGGGAUUUUAAAGAAACUUUUAAGGACCUUGAUGUUGGUUUAAUCACAGGUGAUGUUCAAAUUAAUCCUGAAGCGAAUUGUUUAAUUAUGACAACAGAAAUUUUAAGGUCUAUGUUGUAUCGUGGUGCAGAUUUAAUUAGAGAUGUAGAGUUUGUCAUCUUUGAUGAAGUCCAUUAUGUUAAUGAUCAAGACCGUGGUGUUGUUUGGGAAGAAGUUAUUAUUAUGCUACCGCAACAUGUUAAAUUUAUUUUAUUGUCAGCUACAGUACCAAAUACAUAUGAAUUUGCUACUUGGAUCGGUAGAACCAAACAAAAAAACAUAUAUGUUAUAUCUACACCAAAAAGACCAGUUCCGUUAGAAAUCAAUCUUUGGACUAAGAAUGAAUUAAUGCCAAUAAUUACUCCAGACAGGGAAUUUCUGGAGGCAAACUUUAAAAAACAUAAAGAUAUGUUAAGUGGUGAUAAAUCAGGUGCUAUAAAUGGAAAGAACACCAAGGAAAUUUCUAAAGGUAAUUCUCGUGGUGGAGGACGCGGCGGAAAUCGUGGCGGUAGCCGUGGAGCAGGUGCAAUUGGUUCAAAUAAGAGCCAAUUUUUCAGAAGGAGUGGUCCUUCCAAAAAGACUUGGUCUACAUUGGUGAAUUAUUUAAGAAAACAAGAUUUAUUACCUAUGGUUGUUUUCGUAUUCAGUAAGAAAAGAUGUGAAGAAUAUGCUGAUUGGUUGGAAGGUAUUAAUUUCUGUAAUAAUAGAGAAAAAUCCCAGAUUUACAUGUUUAUUGAAAAAUCUAUAACUCGUUUAAAGAAAGAUGAUAGGGAAUUACCUCAAAUUUUGAAAAUUAGAUCUCUGUUGGAAAGAGGUAUUGCUGUCCAUCAUGGCGGACUAUUACCAAUUGUGAAGGAAUUAAUUGAAAUCUUAUUCGCAAAGGGCUUUAUUAAGGUAUUGUUUGCUACUGAAACUUUUGCUAUGGGUCUAAACUUGCCUACUAGAACAGUUGUUUUCAGUGAAAUUCAAAAACAUGAUGGUAAUGGCUUAAGAGAUUUAACACCUGGUGAAUUUACUCAGAUGGCAGGUAGAGCUGGUCGUAGAGGAUUAGAUAAAACUGGGACUGUUAUUAUCAUGUCAUAUACAGAGCCUCUAUCAAGAGUUUCAUUGAAGGAGGUUACACUUGGUGUCCCAACCAAAUUGGAAUCACAGUUUAGAUUAACAUAUAAUAUGAUAUUAAAUCUUUUAAGAAUAGAAGCAUUAAAAGUUGAAGAAAUGAUUAAAUAUUCCUUUAGUGAAAACACCAACCAAACUUCCCAUCCAGAAUACGAAAGGAAAAUAAAGGCAUUAGAAGGAGAAUUAGAACAUCUACAAAAUGAAACAUGUAACAGCUGUAAUAGAGACAUUGAAAAAUUCUUAGAUGUUACAGUUAGAUUAAAACAAAAUACCAUUGAUAUAAUGACAGAAUUGUCAGAUACACCAGAAAUCUUCAAAGUUUUAAAAAUUGGAAGAUUAGUGGUAUAUAGAGAUGAAGAGGAAAACCAUAGACUUGGUUUUGUGUUUAGAAAUGAUACCAAAACCAUGACUUGCCGUGUUUUAUGUUUCACAGAGCCUAAUACAUUACCAAAUGGCGAACCAAAUCACCUUCCAUAUUUAGGAAAGUUUACAUCUUACUGCAGAAUCAACUUCGAGAAAUUUAAAACUGCAGAGCCAUUAUUUUAUAACAUAUCUUUAACAUCUAUUGAAUACAUUACUGCAUAUGUCUUGAAAGUUCAUUUUAAGUCAUUCUUGAGAAAGGAGCCAGAUGCCUUAGAAGAAUUUGACAAAGAAGUAUCCAAUGUCAUUAAAAGUUCUUUAAAAUUAAGAGAAAGAAAGUUUGAUAUCAAGGGUAAUUUACAAUUACAUCAAAAUAUUUUAGAAAGAGAGAAUAUAAUGAGACAGUUAGUUUCUUUAGAAUCAUAUGAAUGUCCAAGAUUAGCCUCUCAUUUUAUACCUCAAUAUAAGAAAUAUAAAUUAGAAAGUGAAAUCAAGCAAUUGAAUCAUUUAAUGUCUGAUGAAAAUUUGAAUUUAUUACCUGAUUAUGAACGAAGAUUGGAAGUACUUAAAUCUACUGGAUUUAUUGAUAAGCAUAAUACUGUUCUUCUUAAAGGUAGAGUUGCUUGUGAAAUAAACUCUGGUUACGAAUUAGUUUUGACUGAAUUAAUUCUAGAUAAUUUCUUGGGUGAUUUCGAACCGGAGGAAAUUGUAGCAUUAUUAUCAGCUUUCGUUUAUGAGGGAAGAACUAGAGAAGAAGAACCUCCUAUUGCUACACCAAGAUUAGUAAAGGGUAAAAAACGUAUAGUUGAAAUCUAUCAAAAGAUGUUAUCAGUUUAUGAAACAUAUCAAGUUCCAUUAACACAAGAAGAGGCAGAAUUCUUAGAAAAGAAGAGAUUUGCGUUAAUGAAUGUUGUUUAUGAAUGGGCACGUGGUCUUUCAUUUAAAGAAAUUAUGGAAAUUAGUCCAGAGGCAGAAGGUACUGUUGUAAGAGUUAUUACAUGGUUAGAUGAAAUAUGUCGUGAAGUAAAGACUGCAUCCAUCAUUAUAGGUAAUUCAACACUUCAUAUGAAGAUGAGUAAAGCUCAAGAAUUGAUUAAGAGAGACAUAGUUUUUGCUGCUAGUUUGUAUUUAUAG